UGUGAUUUCGAUUCGAUCCUCAGUCGCAUUUUUAUCAUAUUUAUAGACUGUCGUAUAGUGACAUGUGGAUUGGUAUUUUGUGAAGUACGGAAACUGAUCAUGGAAUAUCUAAUAAGCUUAGGAAUUAUAUUAAGUUUAAUUUGUGGUGGUGCUUUCCAAGAGAAUUGUUCGCAAUGUGUACGUACAGACAAUUGUCCACAUUUUAACAAUAUGCAGAUAAAUGAACAACGCAAAUGGCUGCAUUUAUUCCCUUGCCACCAAUCUUUUAAUCGUGAUUUUUAUGAAUCUACCACUGAGUUUGGAAGAUAUUAUAUAUGUUGUUCUGGCGAACACGCUUGGAGCAUUAUACAUGAACAUAAGUACCACGAUAAAAACAUCAUGCCAGACAAUUUCGCUUACCUGGGAAGAAAAAUCUUCGAAAAUGAAAAUAACAAUAUAAAUACAUUUGCCAAAUUGAUACAAUCCCCGUUCUUACCGAACCAACGAAGACCAGCCGUGGUUAACCAGUAUCCUUGUACAAAUUCUGCAUGUAUCAAUCAACCAGGCUCAAACAAUAAAGGAAUCUCUCCGCCACAGUUCGUACAAGGUCCGAGACCUGGUAGGCCAGGUGGGAUUUUAGGUGGCGUGUCAAAAACCCUACCACAACAAUGUCAAGCUUCUAAUUUCCCUCCUAAUCCUAAUACCGGUUGCUGUGGAGUGGACACAUUUGGAACAAAUGGGGUAACUGAUGCACAAACCGUUGUUGCUGCGAUGUCUAAUUUACCUUUGGCUAAUAACCGUAGAUUUAGAAGACAAUCUGAUAACGAUAAAGUUGAGAUAGAUUUGGAUAAUCGUAUUGCAGGCGGUGCUGAAACCGAACUCAACCAGUUUCCAUGGACAAUACUCCUAAGAGCAUCUUUCGACUUCGGCGUCAACGUAACAAAUUUCGAUUGCGGUGGAAGCAUUAUUAGUUCUCGGUACAUACUAACCGCAGCCCAUUGCGUUGUCACAGAUGGCGCCACACUCACGAAUGUUGACAUAUACAUGGCAGAAUACGAUAAGCGCACUUUCCCGAUGGACUGUAGACUGAGUGCCAACGGUCAGAAGUCAUGCAUCACUAACGUGGUAGUCAAAGCAGAGAAGGUCAUCCCUCACAGCGGGUUCAAUAGUAAAACCCUCCAAAAUGAUAUUGCUCUGAUACGACUUCGUGAAUAUGCUCCUUACACUGAAUUUAUACGACCAAUAUGCUUACCACCAAUCAACAUAAACAGCCAAGCAUUUUUUGACCUACCCUUGCCAGUCGCUGGCUGGGGCCGUAAUGGACAGUUCGCAACAGAUGUCAAGCAAUCGACAAUCCUGAACCUGGUACCUCGUAAUAACUGUCUCGUAUACUAUCCAUAUCUUCAGGCGUCUCAUAUGUGCGCAAUGGGUAAGACAGGAGAAGAUACAUGCAAAGGUGAUUCAGGAGGCCCAUUAAUGAUGCUAUACGGUGGAAAGUAUUACGUAGUUGGCGUCGUCAGUGGGAAAAGAUCAGAUGUACCUUGUGGAACGGCUGUACCAUCGUUGUAUACAAAUGUAUUUGUAUAUUCAGAAUGGAUACUGAGUAAUAUGGAAUAAGUAAUUAAUAAAUCGUAAUUAAAUUUGUCUAAUUUUAAAAAAAAUCUA